UAAGAAACACUCAUAGCACGACACUUCCCCAGCAUAACAAUCCAACCAAGUAUCGCAACUCAACUAAGCAUUACAAUUCUACACCAACACCCUCAACCUUCAACAAUUCGACAGUACGCAAACACAAACCCCCGAUCCACAAUGUCAGAACCCCAAAACGGAACCCAAACCGCCCUCCUCGCCACCGCAAUCGGCCAACCCCUCACCAAAGCCACGCGCCCCAUCCCCCAUCCCAACGCCAACCACGUCCAGAUCAAAGUCACCGUGGCCGGGCUCAACCCCCACGACGCCAAAUCCCGGGACUACGGGCUCUUCAUCCAGGACGCCCUGCCCGCCGUGCUGGCCGCCGACGUCGUCGGCGUCGUGACGCAGCUCGGCCCCGAGGUCACCCGCUUCGAGCCGGGCGACCACGUUGUCGGCCAGGCCGCGCUGGGUCUCCCGCACGGCGCCUCCGAGCCCAACAACGACACCCAAGGGCUGCAGGAGUACGCCUUGCUGGACGAGCGGUAUGCGGCCAAAGUGCCUGCGGGGUUUACAGACGCGCAGCUGGCCACCCUACCUACGAAUCUUGUGACGGCCGCCGUGGCCCUGUUCGAUGCGUCGGGGCUGGGGAUUCCGUCGCGUUGGUGGGGCGAGGACUCGGCUGCUGCGGCGUGGAGCUUUGAUUAUGCGGGUACAUCGUUACUGAUUUUGGGUGGGGGGUCGAAUACCGGGAGGUUUGCGAUCCAGCUUGCGGCGCUGGCGCGGAUUGGGCGGAUUGUGGUGGUGGCUGGGGCUAAGAGUGCGGAGGAGGCGAGGCAGUUGGGCGCUACGCAUGUUGUUGAUCGCUCGGGGAAGUCUGGACUGGAGAUUGCGGCGGAGGUGCGUGCGAUCGUCGGCGACGAUUUGCUCUAUGCGCUGGAUACGAUCAAUCCGCCCGAGAGUCAGUGGAUCGGGGUGGAGGCAUUGUCGAAUUCCAAGACUGGGAAGCUGGCAAGGUUGAUUCCGAGGGGGCUGGUUGAUGAGUCUAAGCUGUCGACGAAGAAGGAGGCGGGCUUUGAGACGGUUAAUGUUUUGGGGUCGUCGACGGCUAGACCGGCGACUGCGGGGCCCUUGUGGAACAGGCUGACCGUCUGGGUGGCGGAGGGGAGGAUCAAGCCUACCGGGUAUCAAGUACUUCGGGGUUUGGAUGCGGAUGCAGUGAAUAAGGUGCUGGAUGGGUAUUCGAGUGGCUCGGAGACGGGGCAUUGGCAGGUGCAUCUGUAAAUGCGGGCGAAUGAUCAAAUUGAGGUUAAUGGUUGUGUGCGAGAUGUAUUGCAGCUUCGGCUUUUUGUCAGGUUGGUUGACUUUUGAUGAGUUUAUGAUUCUACCGAGCAUAGAGGUAAUGGGGGAAUAACUUAGAACUUGAGAUAGCAAAUCGUCUAUGGUACUUUUUGUUUCAAUCAUAUUACUUGUGAG